CUCCAUGAAAAAAUUCAAUAAAUUAAAACGAUGAGUCAAAUUAUAUUAGAUUUCGUAUUUAUUCAUUUGUUAUAUUUAUACUUGAAGUUAUAAUUUUUAACAUAAAAUCGAUAAAAUCCGCGCUUGCGUAUGUCACAAUUACGUAUCUUAUACUUAGUGCUUUGUGAAUCUUUGUGAACUACGAAAGUAGUGUCAUUUAUCAAACUUAUUAUUUUAAUAUCAAAAUAAAUUCAUAAUGAAAUCAGACGUCAUGAAUCUAGUUAGACAAAACUUCCACGAAGAAUGUGAAAAAGCUAUUAAUGAUCAAAUAAAUUUUGAAUUACAUGCUAGUUACAUCUAUCUGUCUAUGGCAUAUUAUUUCGAUAGAAGCGACGUAGCUUUGCCAGGUCUUUAUACAUACUUUAAGAAAGCUUCAGACGAGGAAAGAGAACAUGCCAUGAAGUUUAUGACAUAUCAAAACAAAAGAGGUGGCAGAAUUACUUUGAAACCUAUUCAAGAACCGCCAAGAGAUGAUUGGGAUAGCGCUCUUGUCGCUAUGACGGAAGCAUUGAAGCUAGAGAGGCUAGUUAAUCAGAGCCUUCUCGAUAUGCACGCAGUAGCAUCAGAACACAAUGACUCAAAUUUUGUAGAUUUUCUUGAAACUGAAUAUUUAAAAGAGCAAGUAGAUUCUAUAAGUGAACUUGCUAAUCACGUUACAAAAUUAGAAAGAGUUGGCGAUGGUCUAGGAGUAUAUAUUUUCGAUCAGGAACUUAGAGAAUAAAAUAUUUUAAAAAGUAGCAAAAAAAUAAAAAAUAAAAAAAUUAA